UAACCUUACAGUAGGUGGCGGCAGAGAGGUUAUAUUUGUUUAAAUGUCAGUAUACCAGAGAAGAAGAUGACGCUGAUGCACUGUAGUAGUGGGGAACAGGAAGUUCCGGGUCGAAUCGACAGAACUGUGCUGUUGUGUCGAUAGUGGUUGUGUCCGUUUCAAAUGAAUCAUUGUAGACCGACUCAGAUUAAGUCUGAGGCCGUUAACAUCAACAGUGAGGACAAUCCCAGCCUGCCUCUCUCCUUCCACACUGUGUCCAAACCUACAGUCACUGGGUCCUGAUUGUGACAGUGGAGCCCAGUUUGCACUGCAGGAUCCAGAGAUGGCAUCAGUGAAGCUGGAAGACUGCAGUCAAACACUGGAGCUGAAUGUCAACAUUAAAGAUGAAGAAGAGGAGGAGGAGAUGAUUAGGACAACUGUUAGUCAUGGAGACCAUGUUGAGACAUUCUCAACAUCCAGAGAGCAACAGCAGGAAAAUCAGAGAGCUAAGAGGUCUCAUCACUGCCCACAUUGUGAAGAGAUUUUCCCAUUUCUAUCAAAGCUAAAAACACACCAACGUAUACACACAGGAGAGAAGCCUUACGUCUGCUCUGACUGUGGAAAAUGCUUCAAAACAUCAACUCAGCUAAAAGUUCACCGGAGAACACACACAGGAGAGAAGCCUUUCUUCUGCCCUGACUGUGGAACUAGUUUCUCUCAACUUUCCCACUUAAAAUCACAUGAACGUAUACAUACAGGGGAGAAGCCAUACUCCUGCUCUGACUGUGGAAAAUGUUUUAAAACAUCAAAUGAGCUAAAAGUUCACCAGAGAACACACACAGGAGAGAAGCCUUUCUUCUGCUCUGAUUGUGGGGCGAGUUUCUCUCAUCUGGGCACCUUAAAAACUCACCAACUUAUACACACUGGAGAGAAGCCUUAUGUCUGCUCUGACUGUGGAAAUCUUUUUAAAACAUCAACUGAGCUAAAAGUUCACCAGAAGACUCACACAGGAGAGAAGCCUUACGUCUGCUCUGACUGUGGGAAAUGCUUCAAAACAUCAACUGAGCUAAAAGUUCAUCAGCGAACACACACAGGAGAGAAGCCAUAUUACUGCUCUGACUGUGGAACUAGUUUCUCUAAAUUUUCACACUUAAAAACACAUAAACGUAUACAUACAGGAGAGAAGCCUUUCUUCUGCUCUGACUGUGGGGUGAGUUUCUCUCGUUUGGGCACCUUAAAAAUACACCACCGUAUACACACAGGAGUGAAGCCUUAUUCCUGCUCUGACUGUGGAAAAUGUUUUAAAAAAUCAAAUGAGCUAAACGUUCAUCAGAGAACACACACAGGAGAGAAGCCUUUCAUCUGCCCUGACUGUGGAACUAGUUUCUCUCAACUUUCCCACUUAAAAUCACAUGAACGUAUACAUACAGGGGAGAAGCCAUACUCCUGCUCUGACUGUGGAAAAUGCUUAACAACAUCAACUCAUCUAAAAGUUCAUCAGAGAACACACACAGGAGAGAAGCCUUAUUACUGCUCUGACUGUGGAAAAUGUUUUAAAACAUCAAAUGAGCUAAAGGUUCACCAGAGAACACACACAGGAGAGAAACCUUUCUUCUGCUCUGAUUGUGGGGCGAGUUUCUCUCAUCUGGGCACCUUAAAAACACACCAACUUAUACACACCGGAGAGAAGCCUUACGUCUGCUCUGACUGUGGAAAACGUUUUAAAACAUCAACUCAGCUAAAAGUUCACCAGAAGACUCACACAGGAGAGAAGCCUUACGUCUGCUCUGAUUGUGGAAAAUGCUUCAAAACAUCAACUGAGCUAAAAGUUCAUCAGAGAACACACACAGGAGAGAAGCCGUAUUACUGCUCUGACUGUGGAACUAGUUUCUCUAAAUCUUCCCACUUAAAAACACAUGAACUUAUACAUACAGGAGAGAAGCCUUUCUUCUGCUCUGACUGUGGUGUGAGUUUCUCUCGUCUGGGCACCUUAAAAACACACCAACGUAUACACACAGGAGAAAAGCCUUACGUCUGCUCUGACUGUGGAAAACGUUUUAAAACAUCAACUCAGCUAAAAGUUCAUCAGAGAACACACACAGGAGAGAAGCCUUUCUUCUGCCCUGACUGUGGAACUAGUUUCUCUCAACUUUCCCACUUAAAGACACAUGAACAUAUACAUACAGGGGAGAAGCCAUACUCCUGCUCUGACUGUGGAAAAUGUUUUAAAACAUAAAAUGAGCUAAAGGUUCAACAGAGAACACAUAUAGGAGAAAAGCCUUACUCCUGUUCUGACUGUGGGGUGAGUUUCUCUCAACUGGAUCCCUUAAAAACACCAACAUAUACGUGCUCUGCUCUGUCUGUGUAAAAUGCUUCAAAACAGCAACGGAGCUAAUAGUUCAUCAGAGAACACACUCAUGAGAGAAGCCUGCUUACGUCUUCUCUGACUUUUGGGUGAGUUUCUCUCACCAUAGCAAUUUAACACACCAAUGAAGUCACACAGGAGAGAAGUCUUACUCCUGCUCUGUGGAAGGGUGGGCGUGUAACUCAGACUUCUAGCCAAAGGCUGCUGUGUUUAGAAUCUCAUCAAGGAGGACUGUAGCAUUUUAGCUCAUCAGCAACUUUGCAACUUCUUACUACUUUUUACCUAUGUCAGCAUGUUAACUUAGCAUGCAGCUACUAAGCAUGUUAGCUAACCUUUCCCCUAAACCCAUUUAACUCUACCUUAAACCCCUCACCCCUAACCAAGCUAACGUUAGCAACAACAAAUUGGAAUUCGUAACAUAUCAUACAUAUUACAAGUUCAUAACAUAUUGUAUGAAUAACAAUGCGUAAAAUAACAUACGAAUUGUAAUUCUUAAGAUACGAUACAUCCUACAAGUCGUAUUAUACUAAGCAACAAUCUAAACGCAACAAUUUCAAAGAUUUACAGUUUGUAUAAGGAAAUCAGUCAAUUAAAAUAAAUGAGUCCUUAAUCUAUGGAUUUCACAUGACUGGGUAGGGGCUCAGGCAUGGGUGGAACUUGGGAGGACAUAGCCCCACUUGGGAGCCAGGCCCAGCCAAUCAGCAUGAGUUUUUCCACACAAAAGGUCUUGAUUACAGACAUAAAUACUACUCAGCCCCCUCCCAGACAAUCCUGCAGGUGAAGAGGUCCUGGGCUGCCAUGCUUACAUGUGAUCUGCAGUUGUGAGGCCGGAUGGAUGUACUGCCAAAUUCUCUAAAAGGACGUGAGAGGUGGCUUAUGGUAGAGAUAUAAAUAUUGAGUUCUCUGGCAACAUCUAUGGUGGACAUUCCUGCAGUCAUCAUGAGAAUUGCAUGUUCCCUAAACUUGAGACAUCUGUGACAUUGUGUUGUGGGGCCUUUUAUUGUCCCCAGCACAAGGUAAACCUGUGUAAUGAUAAUGCUGUUUUAUCAGCGUCUUGAUAUGCCACACCUGUCAGGUGGAUGGAACAUUACUGGAUUUUUUUUAUUUCAGCUCAUGAAACCAACACUUUACAUGUUUAGUUUAUAUUUUAGUUCAGUUUAUAUUGGUAGUCCAAUGUAAUCGAACAUACUACAUGGAGUGGCACGGAUGUGUUUUUGUAUAAUAUAAUACGUUUUGCUCUGACACCAGGUUGUCCCUCUGCAGUAUUCUGUGGGAAGGAGCUAGUAUACACUUUUUUUUAUUGAACCUCUAUUGAACGAGGUAAGUCAGUUAAGAACAAAUUCUUAUUUACAAUGAUGGCAUAGGAACAGUGGGUUAACUACCUUGUUCAGAGUCAGAACAGAUUUUUUUCCUUGUCAGCUCGGGGAUUCGAUCUAGUAACCUUUUGGUUACUGGCCCAAUGCCAAACCACUCGGCAACCUUCCGCCCCUAACAUGUAUCAGAAAGAGAUGAUCACUUUUCAACACAAGUUUUUUUUUGGGGGGGUUGUUUUAAAGCUUUAUUUAAUGUUACACAGUUUAUAAAAUGAAUUCAUGUGUUUAUUAAUUGUCUUUAAAACUAGAUGAGUUAUUUUAGUUACUGAUCAUGUAUGUAUGAAUGGUUCUUAUGGUUGUAUUCAGUUCUUCAUAUUAGAUCUGACAGUAUGAAUGGUUCUUAUGGUUGUAUUCAGUUCUUCAUAUUAGAUCUGACAGUA